AUGAAGUUUGAGAUCUCUUCGUCCCGCGCGGCUGCGCUCGUCGCCCUCAUUGCGAGCGUCGAGGCCGCUCGUCAUGGCCAUCACCACGCCCACCGCCACGAACCUAGCUCGGAGAACGUCACCAUCGAGAAGCGUGGCGGCCAGUGCCAGUUCCCCAGCGAUGCAGGCCUCGUUCCCGUCACCCCCAACGAGCAGAACGCUGGCUGGGCCAUGAGCCCCGACCAGCCUUGCAAGCCCGGCAACUACUGCCCCUACGCCUGUCCCUCUGGUCAGGUCUCCAUGCAGUGGGAUCCCAAGGCUACGUCCUACAGCUACCCCAUGUCCAUGAACGGUGGUCUGUACUGUAACGAGAAUGGCGAGAUCGAGAAGCCCUUCCCCAACAAGCCUUACUGUGAGGAUGGCACUGGUGUCAUCAAGGCCAAGAACAAGGCCGGUAAGGCCGUGUCCUUCUGUCAGACCGUCCUGCCCGGAAACGAGGCCAUGAUCAUCCCCACCCUGGUCGAAUCGAUCAGCACUCUCGCCGUCCCGGGUCAGUCUUACUGGUGCGAGACCGCUGCCCAGUACUACAUCAACGCCCCUGGUGUCACUGCCGAGGAGGGUUGUGUCUGGGGUACCAACGCCAACCCCGUCGGUAACUGGUCUCCUUACACCGCCGGUGCCAACACCGUCGCCAACGGAGACACCUACCUCAAGAUCGGCUGGAACCCUAUCUACCUGGAGCCGACCACUCCCUUCCGCAAUGUCAAGCCUACCUUCGGUAUCGAGAUUGAGUGUGAGGAUGGCAAGUGCAACGGCAUGCCCUGCAAGAUCGAUCCCUCCACUAUGGGCAUCAACGAGAUGCUCGGUCCUGCCGUUGGUCAGGGUGCCGGUGGUGCUACUGGCUGUACUGUGACUGUCCCCAAGGGUUCCACUGCUCACAUUGUUGUCUGGGAACUGGACGGCAGCAGCGGUGAUGGCAGCUCCUCCGAGACCAUCUCCGUCUCCACCAGCACCGCUACCCCAACCUCGUCCUCGACCAGCACCAGCACUCCCACCCCGACUCCUACCACCACGGAGACUCCCACCGAGACCUCCACCUCUACUUCGACUCCUACUUCCACCCCGACUAGCACCCCCACUUCCACCUCGACUCCUACCCCCACCUCGCCAUCGACCUCGACUUCGAGCCCCUCGAUGAGCUACACCUACCGCCCCCAUGUCUUCACCGGUAGCGCUGAGAUCAUGGGUGCCUCUGCAACUACCGGGGCUGCUUCCUCGUCUGCCACUGGCUCUGCCUCUCCGGGUGCCAACAGUGCUUCCAGCACUGCUGUCUCCAUGAUGAGCAUGGUCUUUGGUGCCGCGGCUGCCAUGGUCAUGAACUUCUAG